CAAACACAACAGACAGAAGAACUACAAAUAUUUAGCAAUUUAAAUGUGUGCUGGUCUUUUACACUAUGUCCUUGACUCUCUAAUACACAAAGUUUGAUAGGAACCAAUGAGAUAUUACACUGUCCCAACCUCUCAAUAGUCUUCUUUUGUUACAAAACAUAUUUAAAUCUAUCCUACUCAAAAUCAAGUGUCACGGCUCUUAGUGCGUCUUGGAAUUUUCCAACUUUUCAAUUUACGUGCUUUUCACCGUAUUGGAAUGGCUAGUGAUUAUUACUUGGAGCUUUCCAGUAAUCCCAUUAAGUUUGAAGCCGUCAGUCAGGUUACGAAUGUCUUUUUUGACGAGUCCAACAAACAGGUAUUUGCUGUGAGAUCUGGUGGAGUUACAGGGGUUGUGGUGAAAGGUCCUACGGAAGAGCUGUCAACUAGUUUCCGAAUGGAAGACAAAGGUCCAGUCAUCUCUAUCAAAUUCUCACAGGACCAGAGAGUUUUGGCAAUACAGAGAUCAAAGACGUCUGUGGAGUUCCUGAACUUCUUAAAUGGAAUUGAUUGCCUAGAGUACUCGCAAAGUUGCAAGGGAAAAAAUAAUACAAUUAUUGGAUUUAUUUGGACUAGCCCUAAUGAAAUAGUGUUUGUGACCGAUCAUGGAAUUGAACUCUUUCAAGUCAUCCCUGAAAGAAGAUCCUUGAAACCAUUGAAAAAUCUUACCAUCAGUAUCAAUUGGUUUGUUUACUGCAACAAUAGCAAGCUUUUAUUGCUCUCUUCUGGUGCCUAUGGAAACAGUAUCCAGCCACUUUUAUUCAAGAAAGGAGGAUUUCUCAAACUCAACAAAUUUGAAAUUGAGCUACCAGCAGUUCCUAAGACGCCACCCAAACUUUGUUUGCUUGAGAGGGACGUUACCCUCGCCAUGGUGUAUGGACAAGCUUGCGUCAUUGUGCUCCGACACAUUCCCCCUAGGGUAGACCGAGGACCUGGUGCAGAGGUUCUUAUCUACACUAUGGAAAAAAUGCUCACGGCUAAGAAGAGUCAUUUGUUAGCUCUUGACAAGACAGGACGGUUUGCUGUCAACGUGGUUGAUAAUCUGAUUAUUGUUCAUCACCAGGCCUCAAAGACGUCCAUGAUAUUUGAUAUCAAUUUACCUGGAGAGACAGAUGGCUAUGUAACUUUUCAUCAGCCUGUGACAAUUCCCCUGCCCAUCAAGCCAUUCACGCUCAGAGUCCCUUCAGUGCAAGUGUCAAGUGACAUGGCUGAAGUCAGCUGUGAACUAUAUUCGCCCAACUGGGUAGUGUUCCAGCCAGACAUUGUGAUUGACGCUAAACUUGGUUGCCUCUGGCGUGUAGAGCUGUGUUUGGGAAACCUCGCCACUGUUUUAGUCGACAAGUGCAGACUGGUAGACUGCUUGGUGCAAAGGGUGGCUGGCAAAUUGGUUUUGCUGAACGUCUUACGCCGCUUACUGGAUCCCUUGAUAGGAACCAACUUGGGAAUUGUGGCUGAGGUGUUUGACCACUUGAAUGAAGUCUACAGGACCUUCCUGGAGAUUGAAAUGCAGAGCCAAAUGGCCACUCCAGCUUCAACGUCCCCAUUCUCAAGGCCACCUUCUGGGCCGGUGACUACCAGUCCUCGAGCAGCAGUGGUGAUUGACCAGUCCGAUAUGUACACAAGCGUCUUUGUGCCAAUCGCUGAGAAAGCGGAAGGUGCUGCUGGAAAGUUUGUUGUGGCAGUCUUGAUCGAAUAUGUACGGUCACUUGGGGACAACAGGAUUCCUGUUCAGCAUUACCUUUAUGAAUUGUUGAUCAAUACCAUGGUUCACCGCAAAGCAUUCUUCCAACUGCAUCAGCUGUUGCAAUAUCAUGUUGUAUCAGACUCGAAGCCUCUAGCUUGUUUACUGCUGUCUCUGGAAAACAUUUAUCCUGCUGCUCACCAACUUGCCUUGGACAUGUUAAAGAGAUUAGGAACUGCUAACGAAGAAAUUGUCGAAGUCCUCUUAUCCAAAAAGCAGAUUCUUGACGCUCUUAGGUUUAUCAGAGGAAAUGGAACCGUUGAGCAAGCGUCUGCUAGAAAAUUUUUAGAAGCUGCGAGAAAUACAGGCGAUGACAAUAUUUUCUACUCGGUGUUUAAAUUUUUUGAGCAGAGAAACGAGCAACUGAGGGGAAACCCAAAUUUCACCAAAGGUGAACACUGUGAUGUUUAUGUUAAAUACUAUGAGGAAAAAUUCACCAAUGCUGGUGACAAGACCCCAACGGAUAUGCCCCCAACCGAGUCUGGUUGCUUUUAUCAGCUGGUGAAGUAGCCCUGCUGAGAGUUCCAGUUGUGAUAACUAACCAUUGCUGUAGAGAAGAAUAAAAUAGCAUUUCAAUUUACAA